AUGUUGAGACUCAGCAAUUUGGGGUUUCUGGUUCUGACCGCCAUUCAGUUCAUCCUGGGAAUGCUGGGGAAUGGUUUCAUAGGGUGGGUCAAUGGCAGCAGCUGGUUCAAGAGCAAGAGGAUCUCUUUGCAUGACUUCAUUAUCACUAACCUGGCUGUCUCCAGGAUUGUUUUGCUCUGGAUUCUCUUGAUCGAUGGUGUUUUACUGGUGUUCUCUCCCAAACUACAGGAUGAAGGGAUAAUCAUGCAAAUUAUUGACGUGUUCUGGACAUUUACAAACCAUCUGAGCAUUUGGCUUACCACCUGUGUCAGUGUCUUCUACUGCCUGAAAGUGGCCAGUUUCUCCCAUCCUAUGUUCCUCUGGCUCAAAUGGAGAGUUUCCAGGGUGGUUGUAUGGAUGCUGUUGAGUACCCUGCUGUUAUCAUGUUGCAGUGCCAUCUCUCUGAUCCGAGAAUUUAAGAUCUAUUCUGUUCUCGGUGGAAUUGAUAGAACCGGGAAUAUGACUGAGCUCUUUAGAAGGAAAGAAAAAGAAUAUAAACUGAUCCAUGUUCUUGGGACUCUGUGGGACCUCCCUCCCCUAGUCAUAUCUCUAAUCUCCUACUUUCUGCUUAUCCUCUCCCUGGGGAGGCACAUGCGGCAGAUGCAUCAAGACUGUGGCAGCUCCAGAGAUCCCAGUACCGAGGCCCACAGGAGGGCCGUCAGAGUCAUCCUCUCCUUCCUCUUCCUCUUCCUACUCUACUAUCUUUCCUUUUCUGUUUUAACAUCCAGUUAUUUCCUGCCAGCAACUAAGACGAUUGCGAAGAUCGGAGAAGUAAUUACAAUGUUCUAUCUUGCUGGCCACUCUUAUGUUCUCAUUCUGGGAAAUAGCAAGCUGAAGCAGAUGUUUGUGGCGAUGCUCCGGUGUGAGCCUGGUUGUCUGAAGCCUGGAUCCAAGGGAUCUGUUUAUCCAUAG